AAGACGUAGAUCUAUUGAUGCCUACGUCACGACUGACCACGGGUCAACUACCCGGCAAAAGAUAAUUGAGUGAUGUUAAAGUCCGAUUGUUGACCACUCACUUCGGACAGUCUUCCAAAAUCUUCUCAGUGGUCGACUGGGGUAGACACAUACUGAGCUGGAAACUCCCAACAUUUUCGAACUUUUCUAUCUUAAAAAAAAUACAUGACAAACUGAGGAUAGAUACCUUGUGAAGGAGGAAACGUUAUUUUUUGGGGAGUUUAUCCUGGAUUUUAAGUUUUGAAAUCCGUGGAUGAGAAAGAUGGUGUACUUGUUGCGGAGUUUGACCGCUGCGAUUUUCUGUCUGCAGUUCUUGCUGACCGCUGGCCAGAGCUGGUGUCCGCAUGAAGAUCCGUUUCUAAAGUUAUGGUCCGAUGUAGAUGGAACGUGGGCAGGCCAGGUUUUUGACGAAGAUUCCAACGUGACCGUGUCUGGCGAUGUCCUACUGGAUAUGGAUAUCGACGUGUUCAGCAUUACCAUUGUCAGCGGGGCGUCACUGGUGUGGAGUCCCGCGGCCGAGCCCCUGGUCAGGGUACGAUACAUAGAGGUUCACGGGUCUCUUAUCAUCGGUUCCGAGGACUGCCCAUACACCAACUAUACACUCAUCUCAUUUGUGGGAGCCCCGGGAAGCUACUCGGUGCCGGACUUCAAUGAGAAGUUCCUGGGUGUGGCGGCCGGAGGGACGCUGGAAGUCCAUGGUGAGGAACGGAUUGGCUGGACCAAACUGGACAAAACACUGGAAAAGUGUUCCCCCGGGGACUGCAUAUACUUUGAACAAAAAACUGACAUGUCAAUCACAGUGCUCCCGAAGUAUCAGCCAGGUCUGGUUGUCACGGUGAUGGACGAAAACACCGGUCUACCGCUCAGUCACAUCUUCCUCAGACUUGACUCCAAUAAACAGAGCAAUGUUAAUGCAAAGGUCACAAGUCUUCGAAACUUUAUGAACGGUGUGCAAGAUGGCCGAGUAGUUGCCAUGGCGAUACAGCGAUAUCUGCCCAGUACCGACACGUUGGUGAUAGAAGCCUCUGGCCUGUUCGACUAUAUAGAGAUACUGGCGGAAGGCAAUAUCACAAAUCAAAUGGAAAUUCGCAAUGUGGAAAAGUAUGAUGCUUACUCUCUCGCGUUUAUCCAAGGUGGUAACGAGAAAGACGAGACACUCAGAAAAGCAGCACCAGAGCAAGAAGACGCCUGGAGUGUCAUCAAUAAGAAUGGCAUCUGUUUCAAGGCUCAAAGCUAUGUUGACCAAGGCGAUAUCAGAAAAAGUUUUGUGAAUGUGAUGUCGGCAAACGCCAGUCGUAUAGAAUUUGUCCUGGACCUUGUAGAUGAUGUGUCGCUAUGGAGACAAGGGGAUGUUGUACUGGUGACCUCUACGGACUUUGAUUGGAGACAAGCAGAGUUGGCCGAUGUUAUAGAAUGUGAAGAUUGCCUUGCCAACCAAAUCAAAGUUAAUAUGCUUCCCAAGUAUACCCAUUACGGAGAGGUAUACAUGAACACGGACAUGAGGGCAGAGGUCGCUCUCAUUUCACGAAACAUCGUCUUUGAAGGAUCUGACAAGGACGCUGGUGAUGAUGACGUGUUUGGAGGUCAUCUCAAGUUUCUGCAGGACUUUGAGAAUGUGCACAUUGAAGGAGCAGAGUUCUUUGAUAUGGGUCAAAACAAUUUCCUAGGUCGUUAUCCCAUACACUUCCACCUGUGUGGUGAUGUGGAUCUGAUGCCUAAUCCACCUUACAUCCGCUCCAACUCGAUCCACAACACCUACGCUCGCUGUAUCACAAUCCACGGCACCAAUGGGGUCAAGAUUGAGCGAAAUGUUUGCUUUGACUCUCUCGGGCACGGCUAUUUCCUCGAGGAUGGCGAUGAAAGAAGAAACGUGUUUGAUGGCAAUCUUGGACUUGGCCAGCGUUCAUCGAGCCUAAUUCCAACAGAUUCAAAUCCUGUCACCUUUUUCAUCACCAAUCCUGAUACGUACCUCCGCAACAAUGUGGCUGCAGGUGGUUUGAGGGCUGGGUACUGGUUCGUGUUCACUAAUACGCCGAUAGUAACACCAGCUUCAGCAGAUGUAGGACCCAUCAGUCCACCAGGAGAGUCGAAGCACACCGCAAUUUCCGAGUUCUAUAAUAAUGUCGCUCACUCAUACACUCAGACUGGAUUACUUAUUGAUUCCAUUCUAAAACCGGAUGGGAAGACAUCAGCAAACAACCUGUACGAACCUUUGAAAGACCCCCUCAACCCGGGGUCUGGUCCUAAGGAGGUUAAGCUAUUAAGAUACACAGGGUAUAAAAACAGGUUAUGGAACGCGUACGUCAGCGGAGGUUAUAUCACGUUGGAGGAGUGCUCGUUUUCUGAUUCAUCGCAAAGUGUUUACUUUGAGAGAGGAUCUUUCCAAUGGAAGUCGGUAACUAAAAGUGUGUUCCUCGGAGAAUCACCGAACACUGGCGAGCCAACCACGGUGUCCAAUCGAUCGCGCCCGAUAGAAAAAGAUCCGAACUCCAUCGUCCAAGGUUUUGUGUUCAAUGAGGGACCCAUUAGACUCAUGCAGUCCUGGUUCGGAGAUUUUGACGAAAACGGUAAUUACAAGACGAUGGGAAUCGGGUUCCAGCCCAAUGACAAUAAUGCCAUCUCGCCGAGGAGCAGCGUGGAGGAAGUUCUGUUCGGUUACAAUGACCCGGCUGACUUGAGAGUGUUUGAUGGGAAUGCCUCUACUCCUGGGUAUACAGACACUGCAAUUGACCGCGUGUCUGCUUUCGUAGAUAAGGAUGGGUCACUGACAACUCAGGCCGAAAAUACAGUAUUGAAACCCAUCCCCUUCCACCUCACCGAUUCCUGCAUCAUCAACGACCAUUGGGGUCUUGGAGUAUGUCCCCAAAGCUAUGGACAGUUGAGUGUGAGCUACAGUGGUAACGCUAUCGCCACCAUGACGAGAGACGACGAUCCCUCAUUGUCUUACUCUGAAGAUUCCCAGAACGGUGCACAAUUCCUCGUCAUAAAGGGAUUUGAAACAAGCUACAUCCUCAAUUUUGAUUCUCCUAUGCCGAAUAUUUUCACCAUUAAAGCUUCUGCCAUAGACAAGGUGGGUGGAGUAAGAAUCGGUGUUUGUGUACCAAGGAACGCAAAGUUGGAAUUGAAAAUCAAUAAACCCAAGAAAGCUAACAAAAUCAGGAAAUGGUCCAAGGCGAACAGCCUACAGGAGGUUGAUGAUGACACGAAUGGUGCGAAAUAUUUCUUUGACGACACUGUGGGAAUUGUGUUCUUCAAGCUGUUCCACAGCAUAACCUUGAAUAAACAGGCAGCGAGAGACUGUCCCAAGGGGGUUUGUACUGCAGUAACUGUCAAGAUCAAGUCAGGUGACAAAACAGACUCCGACUGUACUGCCCGUGCCUACGCCGUCUAUAACCGUACUGUUUCCUUCCCGCCUCCCACCGUAGCAAGCUUUCCACCCUUCAAUUUGGACAUGGUGUCCCCACCCGAGGUAUGGGGAGCAGGGCCCACACGACACGGAAUGUUUGGUAUACCCAGCGAUGUUUUCGACUGAAGCCUUCUCGGAGAAACAGCAGGACUGUAUCCCAAUAGAUUGUCACUUCUCAUUGAAGUUUAAACCUGUCAGUGUACUUUUGUUAUAAAAUAUUAUCUUUCAAUGAAAA